GGCUCCUUUUUAGCAGCAAAACCCUAAAACGCAGUCACUUUUAGCUGAGAGCGGCAGAUUCUCGCCGCCAGCCCCCCGGCUCUCCCUCUGGGCUUUUCCCCAGCCUGCAGCGGCGGCUGGCACUCCCCCUCCCGAGCCGGGAGCCGCCGCGGGACGGGCCGGGACGGGGCGGGAGCGGCAGGGAGAGGGAGGGAGAGAGGCGGCCCGCGGGGCCGCUUCCUCCCGCUCUCCCUUCCUCGUCCGGCGGCCGCAAGGAGCGGACCAUGGCCCGCAGCCGCCGCCGGGAAGGCUCCGCGCCGGGCACGGCCCCGCCGCCAGGUCCCCCCGGGGGCACCGGGCCCUGGGCUCGGCGUUAGAGCCUCGCCCGGGCGGGCGCGGGGCCAUGGGCACGGCGUCGUCGCUGGUGAGCCCGGCGGGCGCGGUCGGGGAGGUGAUCGAGGACACGUACGGCGGCGGCGAGGCCUGCGAGAUCCCGGUGGAGGUGAAGCCCAAGGCGCGGCUGCUGCGCGGGUCCCUGCGGCGCGUCGGCGGCUCCCGGCCCGGCGGCCUCAUCGGGGCCAGCUUCAAGUCGACGGCCUCGGUGCAGGAGCUGGAGUGCGUGGCCGAGUACGAGCGCCUGAGGAAGGAGUACGAGAUCUUCCGCGUCAGCAAGAACAACGAGGUGGCCUCCAUGGUGAAGAAGGAGGCCAAGCUGGACAGGGAGAACAAGCGGCUGCGCGCCGAGCUGCAGGCACUUCAGAAAACAUACCAGAAAAUACUUAGAGAGAAAGAAAGUGCAUUAGAAGCUAAAUACCAAGCCAUGGAGAGAGCUGCUACUUUUGAACAUGAUCGAGACAAGGUCAAAAGGCAAUUCAAGAUUUUUAGAGAAACUAAAGAAAAUGAGAUUCAGGACUUACUGAGGGCCAAACGAGAGCUGGAAGCAAAACUCCAGAGACUGCAGGCCCAGGGAAUCCAAGUGUUUGAUCCUGAAGAGUCUGAUUCUGAUGAUAAUUGUACAGAUGUUACAGCUGCUGGGGCACAAUCUGAAUACUGGAACGGAGGAGUGUUGGGAAGUGAGCCAUCCAUGGGUAGUAUGAUGCAACUUCAGCAGUCUUUCAGAGGGCCUGAAUUUGCACAUAGCUCCAUAGAUGUUGAGGGACCAUUUGCAAAUAUAAACAGAGAUGAUUGGGAUGCUGCUGUUGCCAGUUUAUUGCAGGUUACUCCUCUGUUUUCCCACUCUCUGUGGAGUAACACAGUAAGAUGUUAUAUUAUCAGUACUGAUGAGACUCAGCCAGAAGUGACCAUCUUCAUUAGAAGCUACUCCCCAAAACUUCAGAGAGUCUGUGAAACAAUGGGGUACUUCUUUCAAGUUGUUAAUUUUUCAACAGAGAAUGAAAGGCCUCUUCAGCAUGUAAGAAAAUGGGAAAUUGAAAAAAGUUCAUUAGUAAUUUUGCUCCUGCAUUUAACUUUGCCAAGUUGUUUGUUGGAGGACUGCAAAGAAGCCUUCUUGAGAAAUCCAGAAGAAAAACCCCGGUUAAUUUACCACAGAAGGGAGGACGGCAAAGUCAGUUCAGUCUCAGUGCAACAGUUAAUUGAGCAAAUUUCUUGCAUGAACAAAGCAAAGAUGAUUGACCAUGUUGGAGGUAUGGAGGAAGGAGCAUAUGAAAUCUAUAACUGUGUGGAAAAAAUAAUUAAACAGGAUAUAUUGGGAUGUGAAAUGACAGACCUAGAAGGCAAGGAUUUGGGUAAUAAGGAAGACUCCACUGCUCCUGAAGAAGAAGUUUUUGGUGAUGUAUUGUGGGAUGCACAUGAUGAACAAGAACAGAUGGAAGCUUUUCAGCAGGCCUCUAAUUCAACAUGUGAGCUGGGAUUUGAGAAAUAUUUUGAACGUCUGAAUGACCUAGUAGCAGCACCAGCACCAAUUCCACCAUUGCUUGUAUCAGGAGGACCAGGCUCUGGGAAAUCUCUUCUUCUAUCUAAAUGGAUUCAAUUACAGCAGAAGCAUUCACCAAAUACACUAAUUCUUUACCACUUUGUUGGGAGACCCUUGUCUACUAGUUCAGAAUCUGCCCUGAUAAUUAAGCGCCUUACUCUGAAGCUUAUGCAACACUCUUGGUUAGUAUCACCUCUGACUUUCGAUCCAGCUAAACUUCUGGAAGAGUUUCCCCGUUGGCUGGAAAAGCUUUCUGCACGCCAUCAAGGCAGCAUUAUUAUAAUUAUUGACUCUAUUGACCAAAUACAGCAAGCUGAGAAGCAUAUGAAGUGGUUGAUAGAUCCACUGCCAGUGAACAUGAGAGUGAUUGUAUCAGUGAAUGUAGAAACGUGUCCGCAGGCAUGGAGGUUAUGGCCUACUCUUCAUCUUGAUCCCCUCAAUUCCAAAGAUGUUAAAUCUCUCAUUAGUGCAGAAUGUAACUCUGCAAAUGUUAAAUUGACUAAAGAGCAGGAGAAGAAGCUUGAGAGACAUUGUCGUUCCGCCACAACUUGCAAUGCCUUGUAUGUCACUCUCUUGGGCAAAACCAUUGCUUGUGUUGGAAAAACAGGAAAUAUUGAUGAGAUUCUUCAGCAAUGUUGCCAGUGUCAAGACACAGUGUCACUGUACAGGCUUGUUCUGAGAUCAAUUCAGGAAUCAUUGCAGAGUGAUAAAGAGAAAGAUCUUUUGAGAGAGAUACUGUGUGUCAUUGGUGUCAGCCACAAUGGGGUGAGUGAGUCAGAGCUGAUGGAGCUUUAUCCUGAGCUGACUUCUGCAGUGCUGGCCUCACUCCUUCACAGCCUGCACAAAAUGUGUCUGCUGACAUAUGGCUGUGGUUUGCUGAAGUUCCAACACCUCCAGGCUUGGGAGAUGGUAAAACUAGAGUAUAUGGAAGCAGGUGAAAAUGUUAUUUCUGCCUAUAGACAAAAACUAGUGGAAUAUUUCACCAUGCAGUUAAGUCAAGACCGAGUGACUUGGAGAAGUGCAGAUGAACUGCCCUGGCUCUUCCAACAGCAGGGAGAUAAGCAAAAGCUGCACAAGUGUCUUUUGAAUCUCUUUGUGUCCCAAAACCUUUACAAAAGGGGACAUUUUGCAGAACUGCUGAGUUACUGGCAGCUGGUUGGGAAAGAUAAGAGCUCUAUGGCAGCUGAGUAUUUUGACUCUCUGAAAGAAUAUGAAAAAAGCAGUGAGGGAGAGGAAAGCAUGAUCUGCCUGGCUGAUCUGUAUGAGACCCUAGGACGGUUUCUUAAGGACCUAGGUCUUCUCAGUCAGGCUGUAGCUCCUCUGCAGCGCUCUCUGGAGAUUCGAGAGACCGCGCUGGAUCCAGACCACCCCAGGGUGGCACAGUCACUCCACCAGCUGGCAGGAGUGUAUGUUCAGUGGAAGAAGUUUGGAAAUGCUGAACAGCUGUAUAAGCAGGCAUUGGAAAUCUCUGAAAAUGCCUAUGGAGCUGAACAUCCUCGGGUGGCCCGUGAACUUGAUGCACUUGCAACCUUGUACCAAAAGCAGAACAAAUAUGAACAAGCUGAGCAACUGAGGAAAAAGUCCUUCAAAAUACGCCAAAAAGCAGCAAGGCAGAAAGGCAGUCUGUGUGGCUUUGCUCUCCUGCGUCAAAGAGCCCUGCAACUGGAAGAGCUCACGUUAGGCAAGGAUACAGCAGAUAAUGCUCGAACCCUAAAUGAGCUUGGAGUCCUCUACUACCUGCAGAAUAAUCUUGAGACAGCAGAGCUUUUCCUGAAGCGCUCCUUGGAAAUGCGGGAGCGAGUCCUGGGAUCUGACCACCCAGACUGCGCACAGUCUCUGAACAACCUGGCAGCCCUGUACAAUGAGAAGAAGCACUAUGACAAGGCUGAGGAGCUCUAUGAGAAAGCUUUGGACAUCAGGAGGAGAGCCUUAGCUCCAGAUCAUCCCUCCUUGGCUUACACUGUGAAACACCUGGCAGUGCUGUACAAAAAGAUGGGAAAGCUUGACAAGGCUGUUCCUCUGUAUGAGCUAGCAGUUGAAAUUCGACAGAAGUCAUUUGGCCCAAAACACCCAAGUGUAGCAACUGCUCUGGUAAACCUGGCAGUCCUUUACUGUCAGAUGAAAAAACAGAUUGAAGCUUUGCCUCUCUAUGAACGCGCACUAAAGAUUUAUGAAGACAGCUUUGGCCAAAUGCAUCCUCGUGUGGGGGAAACACUGAAAAACUUGGCUGUGCUAAGCUAUGAAAGGGGAGACUUUGAGAAGGCAGCUGAACUUUACAAGAGAGCUAUGGAAAUAAAAGAAGCAGAGACUUUGUUGAUAGGUGGAAAAGCAACUUCUCGACACUCGUCAAGUGGAGACACAUUCAGCUUAAAAAGUGCAUUAUCACCAAAUGCUUUGCUGGAACAUGGACAAAGGUGAUACAAACCUGCUCCAAGAAAAGGCAGUCUCUAUUGAUAUUUUCAAGUAGACAGAAAAUUACUAAGACAAAUCCAUUUUUCCAAGGAUUAUGUACUGCUUUGGGAAUGACACCUGUCUUCAUAAAUUCUGCCUUAACUUUGCAGACUGUAUGGUACAAAGUGAGCUUCUUUCAUUGUUCAUAGGUACACACAUUAGUUACUAGCUCAAGUUGUAGCUAAUACCAAAACCAUGGACUUGAUGCCUCCUAGCCUAAGUGCCAGGACUAUAACAAAUUAAGCUGAACCACUUGUAUAAACUCUAAGAGGCAUUUCUUACCUCUGUGUUGUAACAGCAUGGCUUAGAGAAUUUGUGUAUUUUUGUAUCAUCAAUCCUUCCUGCCUUUUUACAAGCCUUUAAAGUUGUUUCUGAAUAAAUAGUAAUUUUGAAAAAACUUUGAAAAUACUGUUUAACCUCAAGUUUUACCUGCAAUGUUAUUUCAGCUUAAGCAAACUUUCAUUCAAGGGAGUUGUGCAAAAUUAAGUGGUUUCUUUGGGAAACUAGGGUAUCUAAAUAUCUCAUGGUCAUCUACAAUUAAAGCUGCUGAAGGAUUCCGCUCUGUUCAAUAAAAAUACUUCCAGUGAGGAAUCAAAAUGAAGAUGAUUAUGGCCAGAUUUCCUGUUCUUAAACCUUUAGCAACACACCCACUGUUUAGUCUUACUGAAUCCCUUAAAAUACAAGAAUGUUUGUAUUAGCUGGGAAAACCUAGUGAUGCAAAGUAGACUGCCAUCAGAUAAAGAAAUAUUAAUCAAA